AUGAGAGAUUUACAAUCAGAAUUGAGAACCCUUUAUGUAAAACUGGGCAUUUUCUAUGUGUUCUUGAUAUUCGACUUAAUUUGGUCAUCCUUCAUCGAGCCAACUACUAUGAAUCAAAUAUCUUAAGACAAUAAAGAAGGAUAGACCUAAAUUUUAUGGAUGAGCUCAGUUCACAUAAUAGUAACUGGAAUAAUUUUUGUGCUAUUCUGUACUUUGAUGUGGUAGACUUAGCCACUAAAACUUGGAAUGAUUAAACUUUUAAUACGGUAUUCCAAGUUAUCAUAUUUUAGAGAUUUCUUAUAUGUCUUUGUGGUUAGUGGGGGUAUGCUUAUUUUAGUUGUAAUUGAAAGAGUAGCUAUCUUCAUAACCAAUACGAAAUCAAAUGCAGCUAUAUCCGAAGGAAUUAAAGAGAAUUGGUCCAGUUUUUUUUAUUAAUUAUUUUACUUUAUCAGAUAUCUUUUGAGACCACUUUACAUCUUUGUGAUGUUGCAUGGAUCAAUGAAAAUAACAAAACCUUAUUAUCACAUGAGAAACCCAGAACUUUUCAUAAAUUGA